AUGCGCGAAGCGUCAUACAAGGGCCGUCGUAACCUAUACUUGAUUGGUUUCCUUGGCCAGGGGCUUAGCUUUGUUAUUACAUUCGCUUGCUUGAUCAAGGAGACCGAGGAGAACUCCAAGGGUGCUGCCAUCUACCCACCGGAGAUCAACCCCCUCCGUACCCGUACUGUGGGCGCAGCGGCGUCGACCUGCACCAACUGGAUGUGCAACUUUGCCGUGGUCAUGUUCACGCCGCUGUUCGCUGGCCAGAGCCCAUGGGGCGUUUAUCUCUUCUUCGCACUGUUUAACUUUGUCGGUUUGAUAUUCGGCUUCUUCUUCUAUGUUGAGACAGCCGGCCGUGAGCUUGAGGAGGUCGACAUAAUCUACGCCAAAGCCCAUGUCGAAGGGAAGAUGGCGUGGAGGGUCGCCAACGACAUGCCCAAGCUCGAUUUCGAGCAGAUCCUCCAACAGUCUCGCGAGCUGGGCUUGGAUACCAACGAUCAUGCCGCAGCUGAGAAGAACGAGCUCGGCCUCAGCAGCAGUGACAAUGGCCAGGAGAUUGAGGAGGCCCAGGAUAAACAGUAG